AUUCAUGCUACAGUACUAGUAGUGUGUAGAACAGUACUGAUCCGUGUGCAGUAUUAAUGAUAGAGUAGUAUUUAACUCACUGUUCUGUACAGAAGCAUGAGUCUGAAAGUCUGAAUCACGGUUCACUGAUCACACUGUCGUGUUUGUGAGUUUGUAAAACACGUGCUUUCCUGCCAUCACAAGUAUAUGACAUCCUGCUGCUAGUACAUUACCCCCUGUGUCUGCUUCACCCGCGCAGUAUGGAGUAUUUACCGGACUGUAAUAAGAGAUAUAAAGACGCGGAGUACUGGAAUGAACGGUACCGAACCGAGGAGGCGUUUGAGUGGUUCGGGGAUUUUACAAAAUUCCGUCAUCUUCUGGUCCAGCAUGUGGGAAAAGAGGAAAACAUCCUGAUGUUGGGUUGUGGGAACAGCGCUCUGAGCUUGGACAUGUACCUGGCCGGCUACACGAGCAUCACAAACGUGGACUACUCCAGUGUGUGUGUGGAGAACAUGGCGCAGCGUCACUCUGACUGCAUGGGCAUGAGCUGGGUGUGCAUGGAUGCCCGUCGCCUGGCUUUCCCCGAUUGCUCAUUUGACGUGGUCAUAGAAAAGGGCACGCUGGAUGCCAUGCUAGUGGAGGAACGAGACCCUUGGAACAUUUCAGAUGCCAGCGCCCAGCUAUUGCACAAAAUUCUUAAAGAGAUCAGUCGCGUCCUGAAGCCUGGGGGUCGUUUUGUGUCGGUGACCUUCGCACAGCCACACUUCCGGAAGAACCUGUAUGCUCGUACUGAGUACGGCUGGUCCAUCAACCACUAUCACUAUGGCGACAGCUUCCACUACUUUCUUUACAUCCUUACCAAAGGGGAGGCGCUUAGUCCAGAAGAUGCUGCAAUAGAGAGGAGAGUGCGUUCCCAGAAGGAGGUCCCACCCACUGUGGUCACAUUUCAGGAAGCUGAAAAUGAGGAUUUCCUCAGUAACAUUGGACUGUAAAAGCCAGCAACACCUUUUGGAGUCCCACCAAACCAAGCAAAGACCUAUGCAUUCCUAAACGUCACAUCCAUUUGUUUUAAAUGUUUUAUUAGGGAUUUAUUUUGGUAAUGUUACAUGAGACAUUAUAGAGUGUUUUAUUUUUAUGUAAAAAAAUCAACAAAUGUGAUUUUAGAUUUAUACAAAUGUAGUAUAUAAUGUGAAAUAUUAUUAACUUUUGAUAAGAAGUUAAAACAUAAUUUUCUGGUAGUCAUAAUAUUUUAUGGAAUUUUAAUGAACAUCCCCCUAAGGUUUGGUAAAAUAAUGUUAUUGUCACAUGCGUGCUUUUUCUUCAAAUAUAAUCUGAGUAAAGUAUAAUCUGACUUUUAAUUCUCUUUCCUUCUAUCUUCCUCAAUUGUCUGAUUUCCUUUUUCCUCUUUCCCCCAGUCUGGCCUAAUUCCCUACAUACUGUGUUGUGGAUAUAAAAGAAGCUGAACUAAUUUGACAUUUCCAUUCACACAGAGACGGCGCUGUCAUAGAUUAAUCACCGAACAGCAAACUCUUUCAUUUGUUUUCUGAAGAAACACUGUGUGUGUGUGUGUGUGUGUGUGUGUGUGUGUGUGUGUGCUUGCGCAGACACAUCCUGUUGUAAAUGAGGUUUAAAUAUUGUACUGGCCACCAGGACUUGGCUUCAGUCAUUAAUAAACCAGAAAUCAUUUAUUUUUAAUUUUGCUCUGAAAUCUAAUUACUAGCUAUUUUUAAAGGCUGGAAAAAGGUGCCCACAUUUCAGAGCUUCCUGUCCUGAUGUACUGCAGAUUGGACCAGGAUUGUUGAAUUUAAACUCAUCUUUCAAUUGAAGAGAUGACACUUUUAAUGGACUUUUAAUGUGUUUUUAUGAUACAAACUCAUGUAGAGGAACUCCAGUGUUAUAUACAGUACAGUGUAUUUUUGGCAAAAUUGAAACCGGUUUAUUUACUUGACUUUUUGUAUUGCAUCACAUUAGGGAUUGUUUGUAAUCUUUACAUUUUUUAUGGACUAGUUUUUGCAGAUUUUGUGAUGUAAAAUGUAAAAAAAAAAAAGUCAUUUUUCACUUUCUUUGAAUGUCACAGUUUACAGUAUAUUGUUUUUAUUACAGUAUAAAUGCUAUAAUCAUUACUAUACGAUUAUAUUUUGAACAUGGCCCUAUUUCCCCUUUAACCAUCCCAGUGUGGCGGAGUAUCUCAGUUGGUCCUGAAUUAGCCACAUGUUUUCUGUGGCCUAAAUUGUACCUAAGCAUUUAAGUAAUUAACCAGGUUAUACUGUAACAAAGUUCAUUUGUUAGUUAAAAAUAGUACUGAACUGGAUGUUGCCACAAUGCUAUGAUUUUCUAACAAAUGCUAUUGAUUUGCCUCAUAAAUGUUUUAGCGGUGCCGAGCGGGCCAGCAGUCAGAGUUGCUUGAUGGUUCAUUAAGCUGCAUAAAGGUCUUUUCAUCUUCUGUACAACAGCAUUGAACUAUGGCGGAGUAUCGGGUGAGCUGCAGGUAUUAUGUAUCAGCUGAUCCUGUUAGUUUCUCUACUAACUCACCUGGCCGCUUUGGUGCUUUGAAUUAGGGGUGGGAGGUGGGACAUGAUGUAGGAAAGCUGAUACGAGGCUCAGGGAGAGAAUUAUUGUGAGUGCUGAGAUGUGCACUCUCGAGUUACGGCCAACCACAGUACAAGUUUUGUGUACCAGCUUCCUGAUCCUGACAGAGCACAUGUGGAGGACUUGACACAUGCCGAUGAGUACAAAACACAAAUUUGAUGAUUAUUUUGUAUGGUUUUCCAGUUGCAAUAUUUAUGUACCUUUUGUAUAAAGAGUAAUAAUGCAAUGAAAAGAAAUAAAGAUUUUGAAGCCUAAAAUAAAUGGGCAAAUUUUAAAAUGAGGUUAGUCAAGUUCUCUGUAGCAACUGUCAUAAGAUGUUUAAACUUAAAACUUUUGUCUUACUGUUUAUAAAAUGUCUCAAUGUUGAAAUACCUUUUAGUUUGGCUAAGGAUUUGUAUGUGUUCAGUACUGAAAUAAUCUAUUCAGUUUAUUCAAUUCAAU